ACUGCUGCGAGCCCCGAUUGACUUCGCCCACCCCCGAAGCGUAAGCCGGCUUCACAGGGGGCGUAACCGGGCGCACAAAUGCGUAGGUGCCCGGCAGCAACCCGAUCCAGUGACCGAACGGCGGCUGUUGUGACCGAUUCUCUGCACUGCCGACCGCCGCGCUGUGACGCCCACCGUAACCUGUCCUGCCGUGACUCCUGCUCGCCUUCUGCAUUCUGUGGCACCCCCGAUUUCCUGUCCCACCGUGACACUCCCGAUCCCCUGACCCCUGUCCCAACGUGACCCCCUGUCCAGCCGGGACACUCCCGUUUUCUUGCCCUGCCGUACAACACCAGUCCUGUCGACCGCUGUGAUCAGGGUAUAUAGAACAACGCUGUGAUACCCCUGAGCCCCGUUUUGACCGAGCGCACUCUGAGUCCUUCACCCAUGUGUUCACCAGUCGUUAUGGCGAGGACGUUGGCCAUCGUGCAAGUCUUCUUUGCCUGGCCGAUGGCCGCUGGACAGCGCGUCAGCCCAGUCGAGUGGCUCUCGGUGACCCUGGACGGUCCGUGCCGGCCGCCGGGACCCCCUCCAGUCAGCGUGGAGCGCGGGGUGCUCGGGGUGGUGCCGCCCGGCCCGCGCGUCACCAACGUCACCUGUGACGACUCCGGCCGGCAGCUGACCGCCAACGUCACGCUCACCGUCCACCAGACGCUCAGACUAACGCACGUGCUCGACAGACUGCGCGCCUUCAACAGCGCGCUCUUCAUCGAAGACGACGCGUUUCAGGUGUGCUGCUACCGACGGCGGCCGUACCGGCUGCGGGAGCGCUCCGUGGUGUGGCAACCCCGCGCUCGCGUCCAGCUGGUUGUGUACGCGGCUGUGGCCGGCACCUGUGUCUUCCUGGUGGUGGGCGCCGCUCUGCUGGCGGUGGCUCACGCGGCGUCCCGGCCGCGGCGGCCGAGUCCGGUGGCGCCUCCGACGGUGCGCUACUCGGAGGAGAUGGUGCGUCGCCGGCUGGACCGCCAGCACUCUGAGCACGAGGAGGACGUGCUGCUCGACGCGCUGUCCCAGCCGCCGCUGCCCCGUGACGAGGAGCCCGCCGUGGCCAACAGGAGGUCAGCGGACUUCUACUGAGCCGCCGACACAGCGGCCGCAUUGGUGAUUACGUGUGUCCCCCAUACCGCAGAGUGAUGUGUACCACGUGAACCACGAACAUAGCUGUCAUCCGGUAGAUAAGGGCAGAUUUCGGUUCCGGUUCGUUUGAAACUUGGUCAACAUUCCAACUUACCACUGCUAGUUAGUGGCGAUCGUGCUAAUCGAUGAUCGAUACCCAGACUAUAAUAAAACGAACUUUAUGGUCAUCUUUGUGAUACGAAAUCGAAUUUCCUUAUGUGGUUAUGAAUGAUUGCUAGUUGAACAUCUUUCAACGCUCACUUAUCAGGUAAAAAGUUACUCGUAGCAAUGAAUUCCCUCUCCGUGGUUAUCAGCGUCGAAGGGCCCCCCGUCCCAACUCCCUCUCUACCCUUGGGUCGUGUCUGUCGUGCUUCACCUCUCGUUAUUUAGUAAUCUA